CUUAAAACGUCAAAACUCAUAGAAAUGAUUUAAAAAAUCAACUUCAAAUUAAUCUAAUCAAAUCAAAUUUAUUUAAAAUAAUAAGAAUCAUAAAUUACUAAUAUUAUAAUAUUAUUGAGUAUUAAUGCAUUAGCUGCCCUCAUUCAACUUCAUCAAAUUCCCGAUUGAAAUUAAUAAACAAUAGCAUAGUCCUAAACAAUAAUCCCCAAAUAAUAAUGGAUACUGCAAUAAAUAAUCGUUCACCACCUAAAAAAAGCAGAAAAAAGGAUACCAUAGAACAGUUUCUAACUGCAAAUCAAAUCAUACUUAAAACUGGUUUAUCUCAGCUAAGAUAUAUGAUCUUGGUCGAUGGUUUGAAGACUCCUCAAGGAUACGAUAGCUGUCCCUACAGAGUAUACGUUUGGUCAAUCUUAUUAAGAGUAAAUUCAAAUAAUUCCACAAAAGUUUAUCUCAACUUGGUAUCAAAGGGUCCUCCAUUAUCUUAUUCAAAAAUUAAAAACGACACUUUUAGAACUUUAACAAAAGAUCUAGUCUUUUUAAGCAAAGUAUCGGAGCAAAGUAUUACAAGAGUUUUAUCAGCUUUUGCAUGGUACCAAGAAGACUCUACAAUUAAUAAUAAUAACAAUAAUAACAACAAUAAUAUCAAUAAUAUCAAUAAUAUCAGAAUUUCACCUUAUGUUCAAGGAAUGAACAUUUUAGUCGCUCCAUUUUUAUACAUUUCUAAAAGUGAACCAGAGGCUUUUUCAUUAUUUCAUUCCUUAUUAACAAAUUACUGUCCAUUAUAUGUUACAUCAACGAUUGAAGGAGUUCAUACAGGCUCAAUGUUAGUUGACAUAAUAUUGAAAAAAAUAGAUCCCAAACUACACAGUUAUUUAAAUUUGAAACUAUUGAAAACAGAAAUUUAUGCAUUUCCAUCGGUUUUAACACUAUGUGCUUGUACUCCUCCUUUAAAUGAAGUUCUAAUAUUAUGGGAUUUUUUAUUUUCUUAUGGAAUUCAUAUGAAUAUCUUAUUCAUUGUCGCUCAAUUGAUACUAAUUCGAAAUGAUAUAUUACAAAGUAGUUCUCCCAUGAAAUUAUUAAGAAAUUUUCCCAAUUUGAAAAGUAAACAAAUUAUUAAAUUGUCAAUUAGUUUUAUAACAAAACUAUCCGAUGAAAUGUACCAACUUUUAGUUAAACAUCCUUAUGAUUCUUCCGUGAAAUUUAGAGUGCAAUCUUUAUUGAAAAAACAGGCUCUGAAUAAUUAAUUGUUUUUUUCUUAAUCUACAUAAUAUAUCAUCACCAUUUCAAAAAGUCAUUUCAUUUGUUAGAUUUUAAUAAAAA